AUGACUCCUAGGAGACAGGACAGCUUGUACCUGGAGUACGCAUUCUCUUACCCCUCACUUCAGCACAGGUACUCAUGGGGAAAGCGGGAAGUGACAGCUCCCAGGCCCGGCUCCACAGAGCGCUUCCCUGUGGGCAAAUGCACACCUGUGGGCAAAUGUACACCUGUGGGCAAGUGCACACCUGUGGGCAAGUGCACGCCUGUGGGCAAGUGCACACCUGUGGGCAAGUGCACACCUGUGGGCAAGUGCACGCCUGUGGGCAAGUGCACACCUGUGGGCAAGUGCACAACUGUGGGCAAAUGCACACCUGUGGGCAAGUGCACACCUGUGGGCAAAUGUACACCUGUGGGCAAACGCACACCUGUGGGCAAAUGCACACCUGUGGGCAAAUGCGCACCUGUGGGCAAAUGCACACCUGUGGGCAAGUGCACACCUGUGGGCAAGUGCACACCUGUGGGCAAGUGCACAACUGUGGGCAAAUGCACACCUGUGGGCAAGUGCACACCUGUGGGCAAGUGCACACCUGUGGACAAGUGCACACAUGUGGGCAAAUGCACACCUGUGGGCAAGUGCACACCUGUGGGCAAGUGCACACCUGUGGGCAAGUGCACACCUAUUCCUAGUGUAAUCCUUGGCUUCCUCUCAGGGACAGCAUUGUGCAUCCGGCUCCCAAACCCCAAAACACAUAUGCUAGACCUUCAGGCCAAGGCCCUGCCACUGACUCCUGACAGAAGUCAACUUCCCCUUCCUGCCACGGUUUGUGUCUGAUCGUCUCCGAAUCCGUGUCUCCUGCCCACCGGCUCCCCCUUUCGGUCCUGCCCAAGGAGACCUAUGCAUCACCACGCACCCAGUUUUAUACAUCGCUGAGAAUCAAUGUGCACCACCAGCGCAACUAUAUUCCCAGCUCUAGUAGGUUUUAACUUAUGGUACAGUAGGCAUGCUAGCUAUUAAGGAAAGUUUGGGGGCUGGGGAGACGGCUCAGCAGUAAGAGCAUUGGCUGCUCUUCCAGAG